UAUUAAUUUACCUUUCAUCAUGGGUAAAAAAAAUUAAAAAAAAUAAAAUAGAAAAGGGAAAUAAGUACUCCCUUGUCUACUCAAUUCCUUUCCUUUUCUCCUUUUUCAUCCCUUUCUUUGUUUCUCUCUCUUCAUGUUCAUCUUCUUUUCUUUCGGAAUACGAAAUCCCUAAUUCAGGCCAUUGCCAACGGACCUGGUUUUUCCACUCUAAAGCCACCACUAUCACCUCCCCAAACUAACCAUACCCAUUUCUAUUCUUAAAUCUUUUUACUCACUUUUUUUUUUUCUUCAAAAUUUUUGCUAGCUGAAAAGCUCAACUUGGACAUCAUCUGCUGCUUUUCCAACCACCCUUUUUGCUUCUUUAAAAUAAAAGUUUAAUAACUCGAUCAACACCCACUUUACUUGAUCACCCAGAUCGUCUUUUUGCAGAUCUUCGUAAAAAGCUUCAUGGGAGACAUGGAUUCAGAGAACUGUGGUAGUAUGCAGUCUUCGAGCACGGGUGGUGGCGGUGGCGGUGGUGGUUGUGGAGAUGAUCAAGAGUACGACUCACGUGGCGGUGGCGCCGGUGAGUCUAUCUCCGCGUUUUUUAACUCCAUGUCAAACUUGAGCAAUAUAGGUGGUGGUGCUCCGCUUCAACUUUACUCUUUGAGUAACAGCAAUCAUCAAGUAUCCAACUAUUUUGAUCAACCACCUACUUUAUCACAAUCUUCUUCACUUGAGUGUCCAAACUUUAUGAUUAACCAUAAUACUACUAGUAAUAAUAAUAAUAAUAAUAAUGGUACCAAUAAUAAUGAUAAUAAUAAUAAUCAGCUAGACAUGGUGUGGCCCAACAAAUUCUCUUCAAUUCGACCGUCUUUAUCAACCGAUGAUGCCAAUUGCACUGAGGGUCCUUUUGGCUACAGCAUACCCAACAACAACCACCACCACCAACAACAAAACCCACCUCGGCCAAUUCCUUUACCUUUACCAUCCCCGCCCGUCACUUCGCCACUGUCCUCAACAGCACCAACUAUUACCGGAUCAGGUCGAAACCCCAAGAAGAGGUCCAGGGCUUCUAGGAGAGCGCCUACUACUGUGUUGACUACCGACACCAACAAUUUCAGACAAAUGGUCCAGGAGUUUACUGGUAUCCCUUCACCUCCCUUCACCGCCUUCUCCACUCGAGCUCGAUUCGAUCUCUUUGGUGGCUUAGGUGGUCUUACUAGCUCCGUAGUGCCUCCUCCUACUUAUCUUUUAAGGCCUUUCCCUCAAAAGAUACCUCCUCUUCAACAACCACCGUAUUUAGCCAAUAAUCCCUCUCUUCCUUCGCAUACUACUAAUAAUACUAGUACUAUUGAUGGUCUAGGAUUGUCCGCGACUCCAACUUCUACUACGGCUAGCACUAGUAUCAACACCAGUGGUAUAGCAGCACCAUCAUCUGCCAAUUUCCAUAUGUGUGAUCCUCAACAGUUUCUUAGCACCAACCCUCAGCUCAGCUUUCAGUCUCUCCUCGAACAAACUUCUUCUGCAUUAACUGAUCAUCAGCAUGAUUCGAGCAUGAGUCUCGGGUGUACUACUGUCACACCUCUUCAGACUAGCUGCUCUGUUAAUCCUGCACCUGGAAACUACCGCGGCAUCAGUGCUAUUACUUCUGCUGCUGCUGCUGCUGUCAAUGGCGCCUCGGAUAAUAAUGUAGGUGUCGCUAAGGGUGAAGGUAUGAUAGAUUCAUGGAUUUGUUCAUCUGAUUAAUUUAUUAAUUAAUUAGUCUUUGUUAUAUUUUGUGUAUUUCAUUGAUUAUAUAUGUAGCAAAUUAAACUGCAAGAGUAAAAAAAAAUGAUUAUUAACUAGCACUAAUUGGGGCGGGUUAAUAGUUUUUAGCUAACUAAGCUAGUACGAAUUGUAUGUAACUUAUUAACCAUUUGAGGAUCUACAAUCAUCUGUACUGUGUAUAUAUUGCUAAUAUACAUGCGUUCUGCUUCAUUUGUUAUACUAUUA